CUAUUAAAACUUGGAACAAACGCAUAUACAUAUAAAUAAAAAGUAACGCAGUCGCAUCUAGACGUUGUAGGUGUGCCUUUUUAUUGUGCGAUCCUGCGAUGUGUUAUAUGGCUUAAUAUGAGUGUGUGUGUGAGAGAGGAGUGUGUUAGGGGAAUCUGGCUCUUUUUAUGUUAUGGACAUGUUUUUACUGUAUUCUGUAUUUUGAUAUCUAUAUAUCUACUUUCUUGUUAAGUUAUUUACUUAUAUGUUACUUCUGCUAAAAUGUGUUAUACACCUUUGUCGAUCGUUGGUUCGUAUUUUGUAACGGCUGUAGUUCUAUAAACCUAAUGGAAUUUUCCCGUUUCCCCAAUACAUUGAACUUUUUCUACAUCGAAUGAGAAUUGUUCUUGUGUCACUCUUCCGCAUAGACUCAUCUAUAUUAUUAAAACUGAAGUAUCUUUUGUUAUUGUUUGGAAACAUAUAUAAAAAUUUAAAUGAUAAUUGUUUGAAAUAUGUAUAGUAAUAUUUUUAGUAAUUUCUUUUAUUUACAUAUUUAGCCAUGUAUUAAAGGAAAAAAACAUUUUCAUGGGAUUAACUAAAUCAUCAAAUUACAAAACAUAAAAAUAUAUACAUGAAUUUUUUUUAUAAAACCAACGGUUUAUAAAUUUACAUUGAACACAAGUUAAAUCAAACAUCUGCGCAGAGACGUGGAUCAAGUUCUAAUAAAUUUUAAGCUUUCAUUUGCACAUGUAAGCAAGUAUGUUCAAUCACAAUAAUUCAAUAUCUUUAAGAUUUGUUACAUAAAAUAAGUGAUGACUUUUAAAUAGUUUAGAAAGUCUAGAAACACUGUUUGAUCAUGCUUUUUUAAUGUUCAUUGUUCUAUUUUGUUGCACUGAAAACAAAAGGAAAAAUAGAUUGUUUGGUUUUGUGAUGAAUAGCAGUUGGAGCUGUUCUUAAUAAUUUUGGCAUUAUCUACCAAUUACUAUUGUCUUUGUCGUAGUCUAGCAACCGUAUCUACCUGUUAAGCACACGAUAAGACGAGUAUUACUUUGCUUACACAACAGACAACAGUUAGCAUUGUUUUCUUGACUAUAUAUGGUCAAAUCUCAAAUGUCAACCAAGUAAAAACUAAAAACCCAAUACGUACGCAAUUGUUUUGCUAGCUUGUGUUGAAUGUUGAUGUUCUCUCGAUUCAUUAAUUUUAUUAAUAUGUCUAAUCAUCUUCUCGGUUUGGUAUAUGACUUGACUAACUGCAAAUUUAAUAUUAGUUCCAUAUAUAAAUUGAUCAUCAUCGACGGUGAACACAAUACAACUCUCAACAAAUAUCUCGUAUUCAAACCAAUCCUUAAAGAAUAAUGUAUCCAUCUAACCCAAUAUCUAAGAUUAGUUACCAACUCCAACGUCUUUCUAAAAUUUCCACAAAGUCUACUCUAUAAAUGAUGGAAGUAUGGAACUCAUUCUAUCACAAGAAACCGAUUGAGUUAAACCCCAAUUACUUUUGUAGAAAAUCAAGCAAAAGAAUCCCCAAAAUGGCUGUAUCAUUGAACAUUCUUAUCGCAGCCCUCUCCCUCAUCGCCUUCUCUCCUCUUUGUUUGAGUUCCAAAGCCUAUGGAAGUGGCGGCUAUCUCUUCCCUCAAUUCUACGACCACUCAUGUCCUAAAGCUCAAGAGAUUGUUCAGUUAAUUGUCGCCAAAGCAUUCGCACAGGAUCCUCGCAUGCCCGCCUCCUUGCUCAGACUCCAUUUCCACGAUUGUUUCGUCAAGGGAUGUGAUGCUUCCAUACUACUGGACAACAGUGGAAGCAUAAUCAGCGAGAAACGAUCAAACCCUAACCGAAAUUCAGCUCGUGGUUUCGAGGUCAUCGAAGAGAUCAAACAUGCAUUAGAACAAGAGUGUCCUGAAACGGUUUCUUGCGCUGAUAUCUUGGCUCUAGCCGCUAGAGACUCAACCGUCAUUACAGGUGGACCGAGUUGGGAAGUACCUCUAGGAAGAAGAGACGCGAGAGGAGCAAGCUUGAGUGGUUCCAACAAUGACAUUCCUGCUCCCAACAACACUUUUCAAACUAUCCUCACUAAAUUCAAGCGUCAAGGCCUUAAUCUUGUCGAUCUUGUCUCCCUCUCUGGAAGUCACACCAUUGGAAACUCAAGGUGCACAAGUUUCAGGCAGAGGUUAUACAACCAGUCUGGCAACGGCAAGCCUGAUCUAACCCUAAACCAAUACUACGCCUCCGUGUUGCGUAAGCAAUGUCCAAGAUCCGGCGGUGACCAAAACCUCUUCUUCCUCGACUUGGUGACACCCUUCAAGUUCGACAACCACUACUUCAAGAACCUCAUCAUGUACAAAGGGCUAUUGAGCUCUGACGAGGUUCUGUUCACAAAGAACAGAGAGUCCAAGGAGCUGGUGGAGCUCUAUGCUGAGAAUCAAGAGGCCUUCUUUGAGCAGUUCGCGAGGUCGAUGGUGAAGAUGGGGAAUAUCUCUCCAUUGACCGGCGCGAGGGGAGAGAUCCGGAGAAUCUGUCGGAGGGUUAACCAUGCAGCUUAUUAAUCAAACCCUUAUACUAUAUAUCAUGGUUUAGUUUCAUGCAUUUGUUUGGCAUGGACGACGUGUCAUCUAUUUCUUUUGCCUUUGCUUGUAUGAAUGUGUGCUCUCCUUCGAGUGUAUUUGAAGAUUUAUUUUGGUGAUUGCUUAAUUUUCACUACUCUAAUUUUCAA